CCACUAAAAUUAGAGGCAUGGAGAAUCAUGGUAGUAUCGGCGAGGGUGAUAUCGGACAAACUAAAGAGAAAAAAGUUCCACCUCGUAACAAUAUCGGAAAACGAUGGCAUCGCUUUCGAGUUCUAACGCCAUGUUCGUUUAUUCUUCGAGGUUCUCGUGCGAUGAGUGAUCGCCGAUUCAAGUAUAAAAGUCGAGGACGACAAGCAGCACCGUGUGCGAUAGUGGCCAUUGUUUAUGGUCGUCUGUUUGAACCGAAGGAGUGGACAAGCAAUCACAUAGAUCAAGUACUUGAAUAUGGUGAUAAGUUGUUUCGCGUAAGCUUGAGGAGGAACAAGCUAAAGGACGAUGAAUAUAUGAAGACCAAUCUCAUACACAAUGAGUUCGAUAUUGGUUUCUACAAAAUUUUGGUUGAUAUCGAAGAUAACGGUAUUCACGGCAAUCUCUUUAGCGAGUCAGUUGGUUGUUCCGAUUUUGCUGAAGGUCUCCAAAAAUUUCUCAAGAAUAACGAUUCCGGAGUAAUCACCGCUCAGGCUAGUUCCGUUGCUGUAUGGCGUCAGUCUGGAAAUGCCGGUUUCCUAUGCUAUGAUCCAUCUUCAUGCGAUGAGACUGGUCUGCAUUAUCCUGGUGGUACAGCUUGCCUCAUGAGGUUUAAAUACAUAAAUGACUUGCACGACCAUUUGCUGAAGAACUUAAAUUGGCGUUAUGACUCUCGAUAUUGUAUCGUCAAAGUCUCCUUGUUGCGUGCUACAGAGGUCGAUCAUGAGUUCGUUGACCGUUCAUUCGAUGUCGUUAGUCCACCCGUAGUUCGGAAGAGCGUACUACGAUCCAUUAAUCCUAUUGACAUCGAUGAUCACAAAGUGGACUGCACAAAGCCUGUGCCAAAGGAGGAAAAGUUACAUACACUCGCAAGGAUACGGAAAGAACCGUUAUUAAUCAAUAUUUCGAAUUAUAGCAUCGAUCGCUACCUUGCUACAGAGUUGUUGGUGAAUCGAAACAAGUUUGACACAGGAUAUUCAUACGAUGACAUGCGAGUAAACGUGCCAUCCACAUUUACGGAAUUACCUGGCAAAAUAGCGAUUCUUCAUGGUUUAACUCACGAAGGAGAUGAAAUUUAUAAAGGAAAAGGUGGACAAAACGUAGCAAAUUGCGUGACGGCUAUUGCUAUGAAGAAGAUGCAUCCGGUGAAGACAUGGGUGAGAUCGACGUUGGAUGAAAUCCUGAUGAUGGGUGACUCAUUGUAUGCUAAAGUUAAAUUCGACAAGCCAAUAAUAAAGACGAUGACAGCGGCCGAUUUAGAUAAUACCAAAUUGCAAAUAGAAGAUCGUGAACUAGUGAUAGAUGUCGAUCUGAUCACCGUGACCGGUACGAUUAGCUCAAAGGUGCCGUCAGUUUUGAAUCUGAAGCAGGCACUGGAAGAGUUUUUCCUACUAAACGAGGAGGGUGUGAUCGAAACGAGUUCAAUGGCGGUGGCAGUUUGGAGCCAGGAUGAUUGUUACUAUUUAUUCGAUCCUCGACAUUGCGAUGCUACCGGAAUCAGGAUAAGAGAAGAGGAAACUGCCAAAGUUGCAGAAAGAGAUAGGAAGGAGGAAAUACAGAAAGAUAAGAAAGAAAUAGGAAAUUGUUGUGUGAUUCGAUUUCCAGACUUAGACUCCUUAACUGCGCUGUUCCUGAAGAAUGUUGAUUCUACAAAAAAGAACGAUCGAUUUACUAUUCGGCAUGUCACGAUCAUGGAUGAUGUGCCUGGCACUCGAGCUUGGAAUGAGUUUCAGCCAGGUAUGGCGGGUAAGACGUGGGUGUUGCAAGGUGAAAUAUCCAAUGUGGAUGAGUUAUUCGAGGAAGAAAACCAAGGAGUUCAAGGUCUUGCUAUGCCAGUUGUGGCCUUGGUUAGCGCAAGGGAAACACCAGCAGCAAACUGGAGUAAGGAGACCGUCGAUGAAGUGAUCAGGGAGGGCGAUGCUUAUUACAACUGGUCCAAGCCUACCGAAACGGAAGAAGAAACUGAAAGAUUGCUUCUUGUCCAAGAUCUGAAGAAAAAUUUGUACUUUAAAAAUCGAAAAGUUAGUAUUGAUAUCAACGAGGCGGCAGUUGUCGGUGAUCUAUCAGCAUCGGAUGAUUCUAAACUGCCAAACCUGGAAAAAGGGUUGAAUCAAUUCUUCGAGGACAAAAAUUAUGGAAUAAUCGAGACGAAGAGACUCUCAGCGGCGGUAUGGAAAGAAGAAGAAGAGAUCAAGGACAAGGAUAAAAAAGAGAUAUUUUACUAUUACUUUGAUCCAAACCCUCGUGAUAAAUUAGGUCAACUGUCAGCGGCAAGAGACGAAGAAAAUUCUGCUUGCUUGGUGCGAUCUUCGGACAUCUCAGCGUUAGCAGAUCUCAUUAAAAAGAAUGCGGGGCAAAAUGAAGGCAAGAACGAUUUCAUGAUACACGAGUUAAAGAAUGUCUCUAUCGGCUCGCUUAUGACUAACGAAGAGAUUGAAGCGGAUAAACAGAUACCGAUUGUGCCGGAUUUGAACAACUAUACGAAUUUGGGCAAGACUGGCGCUUUACUUUUGGGUACCAUCGAUCAAAGAAAUGAAUCGGCUUUCAAACGAACAACAAGAGAUAAACAGCAAGCCGCUAAUUCUUUGACAACCUUGGCUAUGACAAAACUUUACAAUCCUCAUUUGUGGUACUGUGAACUCGUAGAUGAUAUCUUAAGGAUUGGUGAUAAACUCACCAAUGAGAACUUGAUAAAUCUACCUGAAAUAGAGGCUGAAGAAGAAACUCCCAGAAAUUAUCUUCUUCCUUCGGAAAUCACAGAAGAUUUCGCCAUAGGAGUCAAUCGAAUGUCGAUCGAGCUUGAAGAAGAAUCUAUCAUCGGAAGCAUGACUGACGUGAUAAGACUACUCGAACAAUUUUUCGAGGGAAACUCGAUGGGAGUGUUUCGUCAGGAUAAUGUAAUGAUGCCGAUUUGGAGAGAAGGUGAAGUGUUCUUCACGAUGGAUCCCAGGGGUAGAAACGCUCAAGGCGAACCCAGAGAUAAGGAUGGAGCUGCAGCUGUAAUGUGGUUCACCGAUAUUCCCUCGUUAGCUGACGUUCUUCGAACAGUUGCACGAGAUGUCGAUAACUUCGUCAUCGACGCCGUCUUAAUUGAGAAUGUGUAUGAGACGCGAGUGGCCCAAGCCGAACGUGUCAAAAAGACCACUUCCGGUGAAGAUCUGUGGCAUCACUUUCCCAAACUCGCCAAUGGUGUUUGGAGCAUCGACGGUAACGUCACUAUGACAGACGAGAGGUUCGACGAGGGAAAUCGUGGCAAACAAAGUGCAGCCAUCGCUGCGAUGGCCAUCGUCUUCUCCAAGGUCUACCAACCGAGACAGUGGACACCAUCCAUUCUUGACCAAAUUAUCGUUACUGGCGACAAGUUGCAUUCAAAGUGCGUUGAGAGACUGGGUACUGGUUCGAUACCAUUAGUGAACGAAAUUAUCAGUGAAUUUUUCCUGUCUUCUCGACGAAUCGCUCUAACAAUCAAGGAUUGCGUUCAAGCGGGUAGUCUUACUGGGAAACCACCUAAGAUUCAAGAUUUACGGAGAGGAAUCGACGAUUUCUUCAACAAGUACGAAGCUGGCGUAUUGACCGUACGGGGAAACCAAAAUUUAGCCAUGUGGAAGGUCGAUAACGCGUAUUAUGUUCUGAUACCCAACUAUCAGUCCACUACUACGAAAGAAAACGUGUCAAUGGUACCGCGAGUAAUCAGAUUCAAGGAUACGAGUCUCCUUGUAGAUUAUCUUUUACGCCAUUUGGGAACCGAAGGCGAUUACCAAAUUACUGCGAUCGACGUGGUGGAUUGGACUAAACCGCCACUUUGGAAACUUGAUCCUAGUCCGGCGAUUCGGCCGGCGAACCUGCCUCCUUUGAACGCUUACAGAAAAUUACGGGGCGAGGCGCGUGCUAUCUUGCGCGGAAGCUAUCAUCAAGGCGACAAGAUCUUCCCCGAAACGUUGCGUGGUCGACAAACGGCGGCAAAUUGUGUCGUUGCGCUCGGCAUGUCAAUCGUCAAGAACCCCGUCACCUGGACGAAAAAGACCAUGGACGAGAUUUUGGCGAUCGGUAGUAACGUUCAUCAGGAGACAAGAAAGAUCAAACCCGAAUCGAGAUUGAAACCGAAGGAUAUUAUCAGAGUAUUCUAUGUAGGUGUCAAUGUUUUAACUGCUGACAUCGAGCCUAAUACCGUAAUCGGUCUAGUGGCGAUUGAACCAUCCGUCUCUGAAGACAAAAAGCAAGAAGAGAUGAAAGAAAAGAUUGACGAACGCAAGAAGAGAACGACUCGACGAGAACGACCAUUACCUUCUUCGAUUUUACUGGAGGAAGGUUUGCGGAAAUUUUUUGAAGAUAAUCGUGCCGGUAUUCUAAUAACCGAUCGCGGUAUGAUAGCUAUUUGGAAAGAUCUAGGUGUUUACUUCAUGUACGAUCCUAGAGCUAAAAACGAUCAGGGUCUGCCGGAUUCUAACGGAACUUCGUGUAUAAUGUGGUUCGCUUGUCUGGAACCUUUAUACGAUACAAUCAUCGUAAACAUUGAUCCCCGUGAGAGAUACGGAGUUUUCGAGAUCUGCCGGGUGAUCAUAAGGAAUGUCAUAAUUGAGACAUUGCCAUGUCCAGGUGGCUUUCGACCAUAUUUAGAUCGUAUCGCGCCACUCGUUCCAAUUAUCUGCCCAAAAAAGACAGUUAUGUUGAACGUGGAGCCGCUGAACGAGUAUAAUUUCGUGGACGACGAACUGAGCGUUUUGCGUGGCAGCCUGCACAUGAAUCAUCGUAUCUUCAAUCUGAGAAACAGGGGUUUGCAGAGUACGGCAAUCGCGGCGGUCGCCGUUGUAGUAGGGCUACUGCACGUGCCAUCCACGUGGACUUCCGAGCUGGUCGACGCCGUACUCAAGUACGGUGACUCUCUGUACUUAGAGAGUGCCCGAGCCGCUCGACCGGGUGCCAGGAAUCUCUCACCCAGCGAGUUACUCACCGUGUUUAUCGUGGGUGACUUGAGGGUCAGUAUUCACGUUCAUAAUCACACCACUGCGGGGUUACUUCAUACCUUCGAUCUGUCCGAGGCGCUCGCCAUGUUUUUCCGCGCUAACUGCGCCGGGAUAUUGCACACGACCAAUCUGGCGAUGGCUGUGAUGCAGCAUUACGGUAAAUUCUACAUGUUCGACCCGUGCUCGAGAAACGCUCAGGGUAGACCUGCCUACGACGGCGCCGCAUGUAUGUACAAGUGUAACAGUAUCGCAAAGAUGGCUAAGAUAUUCGUGGACAAUUGCAACUCGAAGAGACCGAAUGUAUACACUUUGAACGCGGUUAACGUAUUGAAUCUGCACUUUUUUUCAACCACUAGAGGCAUUUGUGCUAAAUAUUAAUAAAUUUUUGGUUGUACGUUUUACUUUUCCUUAUUCAUCAAAUAGCUACGAUUGAUACGAGUCUCAAGGUCAUGUAUCUAUAUAAAAUUUUCAGAAUUAAA